AGUUGAAAAAAUAAGCAUUGCUCCAUCUGAGAGUUAAUUUAAUUUCUGUCACUUUUGUAUCAAAAAGUUACACUGAAACACUUUAAAUAAAUUAAAAUAAAAUGAUAACACUAUCAGACCUUGCGCAAACCUGUGUUUUUUCACCGACACGUAUUCAAACCAACAAGAAAAGCAAUUAGAAAAAUAAGUCGAUUUACCUACCCAUUACCUCGAUAAAAACAAACCUAUUGACACGGCGCCUGUGCAAGCAAAUAGUUUGGGAGAUUGUGAUCUUCAAGAAGUUGUGUUAUUGGAACUACCUAGGCAAACCUUGGUAGUUUGUGUCCGUCCGCGAAAUGUUGUGUUUAUGAUCACAAAACCUCCAAAAUGAUCCAGGGCCAUGGACCGGUUAUGCAAGCAUUCCUAGGCACAUUAUUCACAUGGGGCCUUACAGCAGCAGGGGCUGCCCUUGUCAUCAUCAUCAGAGGCUCACAGAGAAAACUCCUGGAUGCCAGCUUGGGCUUCGCAGCAGGAGUCAUGACAGCAGCCUCCUACUGGUCUCUCUUGUCUCCUGCCAUCGAAAUGGCCGAACAGUCGAAAAUUUAUGGGGAGAAUGGGGAGUAUGCUUUCGCACCGGUGGCCUUGGGGUUCCUCCUAGGAGCCCUAUUUGUGUACGGGGCUGAUGUGCUCAUAUCAAUUCUGGGGGUACACUCGCCCAACAUGAUGCUUGCAUUGCAUGCUACAAGCACGAGGAAAGACAGACGAGAGGUCUCCAGACCCAACUCGCAUAUCUCAUCGCCUGAUUCCACCGCUAUUGACGGCUUUUCUGACAUAGGGGGCACAGUCCAUCAACGCAGAAGGGUAGGUAAAUCUGAUAAAAUCAAUGGACAAAAUGAAGAAAUAGUUCGUACACAGAGUUUUGAAGACGUUUCCAACAUUGAAGAAAUCCAACAUGGGCAUUGGAAACGAAUCAUGCUUUUAGUUAUUGCAAUCACGGUACAUAAUGUUCCUGAGGGGCUAGCGGUAGGAGUCGGAUUUGGGGCCAUUGGCAGCUCCACGUCGGCGACUUUCGAAAGUGCCAGAAAUCUUGCGAUUGGUAUAGGAAUUCAGAAUUUUCCUGAAGGACUGGCUGUAAGUUUACCUCUUCAAGCAGCCGGAUUUUCCACAUGGAGAAGUUUUUGGUAUGGCCAACUUAGUGGAAUGGUAGAACCAAUAUUUGGGGUUUUGGGGGCCGUUGCGGUAGCUUUGGCCCAACCUGCAUUACCCUACGCUCUGGCUUUUGCAGCAGGUGCUAUGAUCUAUGUUGUUGUAGACGAUAUUAUUCCUGAAGCCAAUACAAACGGCAAUGGGAAACUUGCAACCUGGGGUGCAAUUUUAGGAUUUCUUGUUAUGAUGACUCUAGACGUCGGUCUAGGAUAGUUCAUUCUUGUUUUAAAUGACAAUUUUAGACUAGUUAAAUUCUAUUUUCUGUUGACUACGUUUUAUUGUGAGGGUUUUUGUUUAUUCUUUUAAUUUUACAACAGUUUGGUAGUUGUACUUUAUUUGGAAAUUUACUCUUCAUUUUUCUUUCUGUACUUACGAAUUGUAUUAUAAAAGUGUAUUUUCGUACUAAGCCAAUAUAACAACUACUGCUGUGAUAGUAAAGAUAAGAUCUAUAAUUGUCAAUAAACGGAAAAAUGAUCCGUAGUAUUUUAAGGUAUUUUCUUCAAUUAAUUUAGUUUGAUAUAGCAUUUAUUGACUUGGAUUUGUUUAAUUCAAUCUAAUGAAACUGCCCGUGCACAUUUUGUUUUUGUUUAAAAUUUUACUAAAAUGAUCACAUAUAAGACUAAUAAAGAGUUAUAAAUCAAUUGAA